CUGCAGCUAAAAGCAACUGCGUGAGAGCGUAUACUCGAAUAUCGCCAUAUAGUCAUUUUCUCUAUCGCACAGAGACAAACCUGCGAUACAUCCAGUAUAUCGAUAUCGCCCAGCCCUACAUGCAUUACAUUUAUUUUUGUCUGUCAAAAUGGAAAUAAUGUAUUUAGUAAGUCCUUUAAGCCCAGAUCUGGCCCCCAAGCCUUGAGUUUGAAAACAUGCAUUGUAUAUUAUCCAUCCAUACAUUCAAGAAGUGAAGUAUAUUUAUAUAGCGCUUUUCUCUAGUGACUCAAAGCGCUUUACAUAGUGAAACCCAAUAUCUAAGUUACAUUUUUUUUUUAAACCAGUGUGGGUGGUACUGGGAGCAGGUGGGUAAAGUGCCUUGCCCAAGGACACAACGGCAGUGACUAGGAUGGCAGAAGCGGGAAUCGAACCCGCAACCCUCAAGUUACUCUACCAACACAAGUUCCACAGAAUGAUCCAUCCAUUUUCUACCGCUUAUUCCCUUUCGGGGUCGCGGGGUCUAUCUCAGCUACAAUCGGGCGGAAGGCGGGGUACACGCUGGACAAGUCGCCACUUCAUCACAGGGCCAACACAGAUAGACAGACAACAUUCACACACUAGGACCCAUUUAGUGUUGCCUAUCAACAUGCAAACUCCACACAGAAAGAUCCCGAGCCUGGAUUUGAACCCAGGACUGCAGGACCUUUGUAUUGUGAGGCAGACGCACUAACCCCUCUGCCACCGUGAAGCCCCUCCACAGAAUGACGUGGAAGUUAAUUAAAACAUUUUAAGUAGAGUUGUCGGUUAUUGGACGUUAUCAGUUGAUACUUUUGCCAACUGUUGUUUUGAAACAAAUGUAAAAAAAAAUACCUUUAUUUUGAAAAAAAACAAAAAACGUUUGCGAAGUCGGGAACGGAAGUUGCUGAUUCUGGCGCAUGCGCAAACGUAAUUGCGACAGCCGGGAAAAAAGAUCAAGAUGGCGGACUGAGUGGCUGCUGCGUUUCAGGGAGGUUUCGAAUUUACGAUCUUUUAGAUAUUUAGAUUCAAGUCGAACAUAGCGACAUAUACCUCGUGAUUUGUGUUUUCUGAGCCCCAUUAAUUUGGAGCAAUGGAGUGUUAUUUGAAGUGAAGAACGUAGACGACUACUGCUAUGCUAAGAUGGCCACGUCCGGUAAAAGAGAAACUGAAAGAAAAUCCAAAACUUCCAGCAAAUCACCAACGGAGAUAAAGACGAGAACUGCAGAUGAAGACGAGCCACUGGAAUUUUCCAACAAUGCAAUUUCGAAGGCCAUCGUAAACCCCGAAAAGAGCGUUGAGGAGAAACUAGCCGACUCUGUUGAAGAAUGUAAACAAAGAGCCGCCAUGAUUGUUAGCUUGAAGAAGGCGAUGCAGUCAAAAUCAGAGGAGAUGCAAGAAUGCAAAAGUCAAAUGAAGAAACUGCAAGAGCAAAACGAGCGCUUGUGCAAAGAAAAUAACGAUUUGAGAGCAGAGAUGUUGGGGAGGAGUAAGAGAUGUGCAGUGUGUGAAGAGAAGACUGGACCACAUGUCGAUACCAACCUGCAGAGGAUUGGAGACAUCCAGCAGCUGAUUGGCUGUCCGGACAAACUUCCUCCUCAGUCCCCUAGAGGGAGCUCCGUUUUGAAGGAGAAGGUUCCACAGCCACCCCACGUUAAAGAGGAAGAGGAGGCAGCCAUCACUCAGGAGGGAGAGUGUCUUCUAGAACCACUAGAAGCCGAUCUCACCAAGCUGCCACUGACUGUUGUCUCUGUGAAGACUGAAGAUGAUGAAGAGAAACCACAACCAAACAAGUCACUCUCAGACGUCCAGCGGCUGAUUGGUCAUCCAGAAGAACUUUCCACUCAGUCAGGAGGGAGUCCCACUUUGAAGCAGGAGACUCCGCAGCCACCCCGCAUUAAAAAGGAAGAGGAGGAGGGAGAGUGUCUUCUAGGUCCGCCGGAACCUGAUCUCACCAAGUUUCCACUGACUGUUGUCUCUGUGAAGACUGAAGAUGAUGAAGAGAAACCACAACCAUGCAACCUUUUGGCUCCACUAUCACAUAGUGAGGCUGAAGAUGAGAUUGAAGUAACUUUGAGCAGCGAUACAGACUGUGAAGGUGAUAUGAGGACUCACACUGAAUGCUCUAAAAUGAAGACAGUUAAAAAAGGUUUCCGCUGCUCAGUUUGUGCUAAAAGUUUUACUGAAAAGAGCAAUUUGACUCGGCACAUGAGGACACACCCAGGGAAAAAAACAUUGAACUGUUCAUUUUGUAGUAAAAGCUUUACUCAACAGAGCAUUUUGACUGCACACAUGAGAGCACACAAAGGAGAGAAGAUAUUUAUCUAUUCCGUUAAGAACAAAAACUGUAAAUGCUCGGUUUGUUCUAAAAGCUUUAACAACAAGUACAGUUUGACUCGACACAUGCGGACGCACACAGGGGAAAGACCAUUUACUUGUUCAGUUUGCGGCAAAAGCUUUUCUCUCAACAAGCAUUUGACUGAACACAUGAGAACGCACACGGGAGAAAAACCCUUUAGUUGCUCAGUUUGCGGGGAACGCUUUUCGCAAACGAGCAAUUUGUCCACACACAUGAGAACGCACACCGGAGAAAAACCGUACACUUGUUCCGUUUGUGGGAAAACCUUUUCUCUGAAGGGCAAUAUGACUCAACACAUAAGAAGACACACAGGGGAAAAAAAUGUUCAUUGUUCAGUCUGUUGUAAAAGCUUCACGACAAAUUGCUAUUUGAUUCGACACAUGAAAACCCACGCCGGACCAAAACCUUUUAGUAGCAGCGAAAGCCAUUCCCAAACGAGCGACGUGACACAAGACCUGCGAAAACGCACGGGGGCAAAAACGUUUAACUGUAUAGUUUGUGGUCGAAGCUUCACGAAACUCAUCGAUUUCAUUCAGCACAUGAGAAAAUACACCGGGGAAAAAAUAUUUAACUGUCCCGUUUGUGGUAAAAGAUUCCAUCAUAAUUCGGAGGCAGACAGACACAUAAGAACACACACGGGCGUGUGACGCAUCAGCUGUUUGGUUGGUGGUGACUACCACCCAAAGCCAGGAACUCCUCACUGCUUCUUCUACAAAUAGCAGAUCAGUUUGUACAAACCGAGAGAUUAUCUAUCGAUUUUCUUCUGCUUUUCCCUCUCAGGGUCUCUGUGUCUUCUGUCCAUCUAAAACAGGGGUGCCCACACUUUUUCUGCAGGCGAGCUACUUUUCAAUUGACCAACUCGAGGGGAUCUACCUCAUUUAUAUAUAUCAUUUAUAUUUAUUUAUUUAUGAAAGAGACAUUUUUGUAAACAAGUUAAAUGUGCUUAAUGAUAAUACAAGCAUGUUUAACACAUAUAGAUGUCUUUCUUUCACAAAGACAAGAAUAUAAGUUGGUGUAUUACCUGAUUCUGAUGACUUGCAUUGAUUGGAAUCAGACAGUAAUGAUGAUAACGCCCACAUUUUCAAAUGGAGGAGAAAAAAGUUGUCCUUUUUGUACAAUACCACAUGAAAGUGGUUGGUUUUUGGCAUCUAAUUCAUCCAGCUUCCAUACACUUUACAAGAAAAACAUUGGCGGCAAAUUCCGUAGCUUGCUUGAUUGACAUUCACGGCACCCGAGGGUCUU